CGUGUUCAUGCCAAAAUGAGCAAUGGUCUCAAGAUGCAGCAAGGGAAGUUGAGGAAUGGUGUAAAUGUAGAAGGGGCAACACACAAGCAGGUGGUGGACCUGAUCCGUGCAGGGGAGAAGGAACUAAUCCUGACAGUACUGUCUGUGCCCCCGCACGAGGCAGAUAACCUUGACCCCAGCGACGACUCCCUGGGGCAGUCCUUCUACGACUACACUGAGAAGCAGGCUGUGCCCAUCUCCAUCCCCACCUACAAGCACGUGGAGCAGAACGGCGAAAAGUUUGUGGUGUACAACGUUUACAUGGCAGGCAGGCAGCUGUGCUCCAAGCGGUAUCGGGAGUUCGCCAUCCUGCAUCAGAACCUGAAGCGGGAGUUUGCUAACUUUACCUUCCCGCGCCUGCCGGGGAAAUGGCCUUUCUCGUUAUCAGAGCAGCAGCUGGAUGCUAGGCGACGGGGGCUGGAGGAGUACCUGGAGAAAGUAUGUUCAAUACGAGUUAUCGGCGAGAGCGACAUCAUGCAGGAGUUCUUGUCGGAGUCGGACGAGAAUUACAAUGGCGUAUCAGACGUGGAGCUCCGAGUAGCACUACCAGACAUCACCACAGUGACGGUUAGGGUCAAAAAGAACAGCACCACGGACCAGGUGUACCAGGCCGUGGCUGCGAAGGUUGGAAUGGACAGUAUCACAGCCAACUACUUUGCCUUGUUCGAAGUGAUCAAUCACUCCUUUGUGCGUAAGUUGGCGCCCAACGAAUUCCCUCACAAACUCUACGUGCAGAACUAUACUUCGGCGGUGCCGGGGACAUGCCUGACUAUCCGGAAAUGGCUGUUCACCACCGAAGAGGAGGUCCUCUUGAACGACAAUGACCUUGCGGUCACCUACUUCUUCCAUCAGGCUGUAGACGAUGUAAAGAAAGGCUACAUCAAAGCUGAGGAGAAGUCCUACCAGCUGCAGAAGCUGUGUGAGCAGAGGAAGAUGGUCAUGUAUUUAAACAUGUUGCGAACGUGCGAGGGCUACAACGAGAUUAUCUUCCCCCAUUGCUCCUGCGACUCCCGGCGGAAGGGGCAUGUGAUCACAGCCAUCAGCAUCAAGCACUUUAAACUCCACGCCUGCACGGAGGAAGGCCAGCUAGAGAACCAGGUAAUAGCUUUUGAAUGGGACGAGAUGCAGCGGUGGGACACGGAUGAAGAGGGCAUGGCGUUCUGCUUUGAGUAUGCGCGAGGAGAGAAAAAGCCACGAUGGGUUAAAAUCUUCACGCCCUACUUCAACUACAUGCAUGAGUGCUUCGAGCGGGUGUUUUGUGAGCUGAAGUGGCGGAAGGAGGUGGAAGAGGAAGCAACAGACAAGGAUAACAAGAAUUGCAGUAAAGACAAUAUGUGCAGCAAGAGAAUUGCAGCCUGCAUAUCCGAGAGCCGUGGGGACCAGACUUGAGCAGAGCCCACCGUGACCGCGGGCCAGCAAGCAGCACCUCUGCUGGAAUAUCUUUCAGAUGGUCAGGUCACAGCAGAGGGAUGCCACCACUUAGCCCUCGCUGCGGAGGAGUGUAAACCCCCCAAAAUUAACACUUAAAAUUUAAAAAAAAAAGAAAAAAAAGAAAAAAAAUUCUGUUUAUUGUAUUAAAAAGCCCUUAAACUAAAUAUUAAUAAUAAUACCAUUCGUGAAUGUCAUGUUUAUGGACUUCAGCAGCUACAGAGACAGCAGGCUCAGCAAUGCCCAAGGGAGACCAAACAUUGCGAUGACAUAAAAUCCACUGCAGGGUUUUCCAUUUGGUUUCUUUCCCCGCCCCGGUCUUCUUCCUCCACCCCCCCUUGAGUCCCAGACCAAGAGAUGGACUGUACAUUGUAUUUUUUACAACUGGGAAUGAAGACACCGCCAUCCAUUUGCACACUUCAGACAUAUAUAUGUAUGUAUAAAGAAGAACAGUUAUAUAUACAGAAUACCAGACCUGUAUAUACAUAUAUAUAUAUUUCUUUUACACUUUCAUACCAGCGCCCGGACCUUUUUUAAGCUUGCGCUUUUAUGCGCAGUUCUUUCUUCCAUAUCUGUUGUGUUUUUACUUUAAAAAAAAAAAAAAAAAAAAAGCUAAAAAAGUAACCCAAUAGGGAAAUACCUCUCUUUUGCUAAAGGACUCUUCCAGAGCUACAAGCUUUUAAUUGUCAGUGGUUUGUUUUUUGCAUCGAAUCCCAGUUCCAGGGUCUGGCAUUUCAGGGAGGGUGAUGGGGUAAGUGUGGGGAUCUUUCCUUGAUAAAGGAUCAUUGUUUUGCAUCUUGGCACCUGGAAGAUCUGCAUGCAGGCAGCCCUCUUUGAAUCCAAUGGGAUCGCUCCGAGGGACAUGCCCAUCCCUGCAACCGCAGAAGGCAGAACCCCGGUGACUCGGGAGCGUUGAGGUCGAGCUCGUGUGCAGCGAGCUGGAGGUUUGCAUCCGAGGUCAGUGGCGGAUUGGGGAUUAGAAUCCUGCAUGGACCUGGCGUUGGAUCCUCUGCUGCUUUCCUAUUCUCCUUGUGUUUUAUCCUUCUCCCACUAGCAGCACCUUUCAAUCCUGCUUCACCCAACACUGCAGGCAAAUGUCCAAACGCAGAUGUUUGCUAGGAAAAAUCCCCUUUUGCUAGGAAAAAUCAAGCAAGCUGCCUGUUCUUGAAAGCUUCCCCCGCCCUGUCUAACCUGGUCUGCAACAGCUUAUUCUUUCUGCUCCUGCCAGCAGGGCCCAGUUGUGUCCCCUUUCCUGCUUCUGCUUCAGGGCUUCCCUUUGUGUUGCCUGUUAAGCAGUGAAACUCAUCUACAUGCUAGAGAGCUAGGGUCAGGCCCGUUCCCAAGUGAAGGCCCCUCGGAAGGUGUAUUUUUGUGCAACUCGUGACCUGCAAGGGACUGAAAUAUCCUGCCCAGGGCUGCUUCCCCUGCUGUUCUUCUCCACAGAUCUCUAGGCUCCCUCCCUUCCCUGGCUUCUGAGGCUGAGACAUGAGCUGCUGCAGCCAGAGAACUGGUGCCGUUUGCAGGGGCCUGGGUUGUUUGACAGGAUGGACCCAGCUGUGCCCACAGACAGUGCCAGGACCUUUGUCCCUCAGCACUCAGCUGGCCUGAGCAGGGGAUUUGUGUGCAUGUGUGGAGAAGGAAGUGGGGAUUUGUGUGCUGAUCUGUGAUAUGCUCUACAAAGCUGGACAGCAUAGCUGUCUCCUUUCCCUCUCUUGACCUCAGUGCCUGUGUUUCUACUCAGCAGGGUGGGGUGCUGAGCUGGGUAGCUUCUCCUUCUGCAUACAGCGGGGUUUACAGCCCAGGCUGCUCUGAUUGUCAUCCCCGGCCCUUGUGAAUGUUUGGCUGAACAGUGAGAGGGACCCUGGGAGCCAGGAGAGCCAGACUUGAGGUCUGGUGGUUCGGGAGUGGUCAGGGGAGCCCUGCAGCUGCUCAGAGGCUGGUUAGUACCUCGAUGGGUGUCUCCAUCACAUGGUUUGGGGGGCAGGAUUGUGGCUGCCCCUGGGUCUGACUGCACUCCUGUCCAUUGAAGUGUAAGGCAAAGGGGUGUUUGCAAGCCCCUUGCCAUGCUGGGGUGAGGCCUUGCUGAUACCUAGAGGGCUUUGCACAGCAAGCACGGAGGCCCCUUCUCCCUUACUAGUGCACUGCAGAGGCAGCACUGAUAGGUGGGUGGGGAGAGUGAAGGGGGGCUUGUGCCUCGCAGACAAGGGGGGAGAAAGGGACUGCAAAAGCCCCAGACGAGUUUGCCAGCAUUCCCCUGGGGCAGCAGCCUUGUCUGCCUCUACCCAGGGGAUGACACUGUGGGAAGGCCAGAAGCGGAGGCCUGGGCAGGGCUUGGCACUUGCCAUGAUGUGGUGGGGCGAGCCUUUGCCUCUAGGAACCCAUCUUUGGCUAGGCAGAGAACAGAUGAGCUGUGAAUUUGCUCAUGGGAAAUGCAUCAUCCCUGUACCUGGCCCAGUCGGUCUGUGCUCUGGGGUGAAGGCAGGCUGCAAGCACCUUGGGCAGGGCCAGUGCCUGCUAGGGAGAAACUUGGCCUUGUGGCCCAGUCAGCCCCUCCACCUCUGCCCACAUGCCUUGGGAUGCCAGGAGCAAGCUGGCUGGGUGAAAUCUAGCUCUAAGCAUUCAACCAGCUGUUGCAGGCAGAGAGUGGAGCUGGGAGCCGGGGCUAGGUAGGGCCUUCAUCAACUGCCUCCUUCUAGUUGAAUCCUGUGCAGCCGGCAGCACCUCUGUAUGGCAGGUGAUGGGCGUUGUGAAGCAGCUGCUAGGACAGGUAGUGUUGGCGUUUCCUUGACUUGAAGCAUGUUGGGGUCAGUGCUUUUACCACGUCCGACUCCAGGGCUGCCUCUCUCCGCUUCUCCUCUUCUCCAUCUGUGACCUUCACGUCCUUUUUCAGGCUUGUUUCUCUCAGACCCAAAUCAUUGUCUAGCAGAGGUGCAAGCAGGGCUGGAUGUUAUAAUGCCUGGUUGAGAUGGGCACUGGGCCGAGUAAUCCCAGGCCAGUUGGAGUUGGCUGGGGAAAGGAGCCAGGCUUUGCCUUGCACUACAAGCUGCUGGGAGCUACGGGCCACGUACUCUGCAGUUAAAAGGAGGUGUUUCCUUUCUUGUCUCCUGUUAGAGCAAAUGCUGGUUCCCUAUUGCUAAUCCUGAAGCCUGAGCAUGGAACAGGGAGCCGUCCAACGCCGGCCAAGAGCAGCAAGCCAAGCUCAGACCUCUGGGGUUCAAAGCUUGUCAGUGUUGUGGUGGGGAGGGCUGGGUACAGCCAGGUGAGCAGUGUUUGUCCCUGACCUCUGCAGCCCAGAGGAGAAGGGAUCAAUUUGCCUUCUCUCUGCCCCCUCUUCAGAGGCUGGCAAAGGUGGUUGGAAAAGCCACCACGCAAGGGAUAGUGCCCGGCCUCCUGUCAGCCUUGGAGAGCCAGGGGGAAGCCAGCCUGGCUGGACGCUGCAAGACCUGCAUGCAGUAGUACCCAACCACAUCUAGCCCCCACGCUGCUUAUUCAGAUGAGCUAUUGUCAGUCUUCCCUGAGCCCCAGCCUCAGCAGCUGUGAAUUUGCUUCUGAUUUUAACUGAGCAGAGAUGAGAGACUUCCAUCCAGCCCCCGCCUGCAGCUUCCAGUUCCCUUCCAUCUCUGCUGGCGCUGGCCAGGCUGGAUGGGGCCCUGCCCCUGGGAGCCCUGAGUCCUGUGGAGAUCUGUGGUGUCCGGAGGGGAGGCCAGACCCUGGCCUUGGGGCAGUGCAGAGCCUGGGAAUCCUGUUUAGUGGCUCAUCAAGUCGGGCGUGGAGGUUUGAUGGCAGGGCUGCAGCCAACCUGGUGCCCGUCUUCUCCCAGCAUUUGUCCUUUGGGUCCCCAGCUCCUUUCCUGCUCCUACUCAGAUCCUGGCACUGCCACCUGAGAAUGGUCUGGAGGUGCCAGGAUAGUGGCUGGGUAGGAGGCGAUGGGGUAGAUGCAGGGGUCUCUGGGCCUGGAGUGAGUGGUAAGUUGGCAGCUCGCUGGUGGGGCGUGUGCGGGAAGGAGCGGAGGGGGCUGUUUUCAGCUCAGCACAGCGAGAAGAUGAAUAGGAUUUGUCUCGGAUGGCUUGGACAGGGCUGACCCUGCCUCGGGCAGGGGUUGGACUGGAUGUGACCUCUGGAGCUCCCUUCCUGCCCUACUGCUCUGGGAUUUUUAUGAACCAAUGACACUUUCUCCUCUCUUGCUCAGCAUCUUUUUCUACCAUGUUUCAAGCAUGUGAACCAGGCUUUGGGUUCCCCCAAUGCUGGAGUUUGCCUGGAGGCUGGGGCAGAUGGAGAGAGGCAGCAUAAAACCCCUGUGCAGCAUGGGGCCGGCAUGUCCAGGGCCGUCCUCAGCCCUAGUCAGGGACACUGGGGGCUUCGGCAGAGAGGUCCAAGUAAACGGGACAAGCGAAACAGCCGUGACCCAGGCAUCACGCUGCUUGUGGAUUUUAAAGCCUACCUCCCCCUCUGCUGUAGCCUCGAGCUGCAGCUGUGUUGAGGCAAACGCUGUGGCAGUCUAGGGAUGUAGGCCACGCGCACCCCUGCUGUGCACUCGGGGCAUGGGUCUGGGGGCUGGAAUUGCUCUGAAGGCCACAUUGAAGUGUGUGAAACAUGGCAGGAUGCAGGUCCCGUUCUCCCGGUGCCUUCGGUUCCUCUGAUUUCUGAUCCCUCCAGAACCGCCCCAGGGCGUCUGCCUUGUCUCCUACCCCAGCUCAGGCUCGCAAGGUACAAACUCCGAUCGAAGCGGGGGAUCGGUUUUCAGGUGCUUUUAAUUCUCUGAGUGGUUUUUCCCCCCCUUGAAACAGCCAGGCUGGGCCUGCCGUGACACCGCGGCUCUGACCCUGUGCACGGGAACCAGGGCAGGCUGCACUCACUAUAUGCCAUAUUUUCUAGCCUUCAUAUCUACCCCAAAUCUGGGGUGAGUGUUUGGGCAAAAAAAAUCAGCUUCCUUGCUUGAGAUGGAAGCACCCUGCUUUGAUCCCUGUAUCAAUCACUCUUUGGGCAGGUGUUAACAAUCAUCUCUCCUUUUUCAUGGUCUCAAUUUUCUACCACUGAAGCUAACUUUUCUUAGGGGAACGUUGCUGUCUGCGAGGGUCUUUUCUCCUAUUUCACAGCUCUUUAGCUCUUUUCCAGGUCAGGGAGCUGGAAGGUCUCCAGCAGCACUUGAGGUUUUAGGUAAGCAGGAAAGGGAGGGCGAGUCGGCUGGAGAUGACGCUCUGUCUCUGCUCUGUGCAAGCCAUAAUGGGGGUGGGGAGCAACAUUGAUUGUAAUGCAUUUCAUCAACAAGGUGCAUCUUAUAUUUAAGGCGGUUUAUAGGCAAGAACAUGCGGUAGCUGCUUUCCUCCAGCACUCUUGGCAUGAAACAGCUGGAAGGUGCCAUGCAUGCGAGAGCUUUAAUGAGCUGAGGCUGAGCUCAGCCCUGUUCUCUCUGGGUGGCUGCAGUCGAGAUCAAGGCAAGGAAACCGGUGUGUUUAUCGGCUGUCCCGCACAGGUGCCCCAUGCCCCUGGGCUGUGAGCAGUUUGUGUGGCUGGGUGUGCUCAGGGGAAAGCAUUUUCUCCCAGCAAACCAAAGCAGAGCCUCUUGGUACUGCAGGAAAGGCAGGGGCUGGAGGGGGCAGCAUGGGGUAGACCUGCUCUCUGAGAUGCCCCUUCUGUUUUAUCUAAGGACAUUUCUAGCAAGCAUCUUGCACUUGAACCAGGCUCCUGGCUGAGACCAUGGAGCUUGGGCCUGGUGCCAACGUGUAGGUUAAUUUGGACCCUAGCGGGGAGAGGUCUAGUUCCCUGUGCUUCUUUCUCCCCUCAGCUACUUAUUUCCCAUCCCCAUGGAGCUGGAAAGCCCCUUCUCUGGGUACGUCUAGGCUGCCGGCGGGCGUGCUCCCCCCGGGGUUAAACUAGCAGCUCGCAGGCAGGUCUCGGAGGUGCAACAGCAUCAGGGGAGUCGGAUACAGGUUGAGCAGCAGCCGUGCCUGCAUCUAAUGCUUCGGCUCUCUCCAGCUGCCGUCCUUGUUGUCCCAUCUCCCAUCCCACCUGCUCUAUUCCCCAGUUUUGCAGUGCCGCAAAGCAACACCCCCCUCCCCCCCAAACUGGAAGCCAGCGUGUAUAGACCCCGCUCUGCUCUUGAGUUUCAGGGAGGAGGGUGGACCACGCAUCCUUCUCUCUGCUUCCUAUACUCUGUCCCUGCUUCUGCACCCCCCCCAACCCAACCCUGGCUUGAAACGUGCUCCUGUGUGGGAGGAACAUACUAGAUCUAACAGCAAUAAUACGAUCAGCGGAGGAGCAGCGGGUGAAGGAGGGGUCUCCCUGGCCAGGAGGGGCCAGAACUGAUGCCUACCACCAAAUUGACCAAAACUUUGGUCUCAUGCCCUUGCUCUUUUUAUUGCGAGCCAGUCAAAACAGCCCUGGUUUCAGUGCCGUGCACAUCCCCCUUUUAAUUUAUUUGAGAGAACUCUAAUUGUAUUUUCACUGCAGUAUCUUGUAUUUUUUAUUUGUGAUUCCGAAAUGUGAAGAAGGAAGAAGAGAAAAAAAAAACCCAACAAAAAACCCCACAAAACCAACUCGCUAACAGUGUUUCAUUCCUCGUUCUCUAGAGCUAACCACUCUAAAAUUGUUUGGUAAAGUCACUUAGUGUAAUUAAUUGUAACAUAUUCUUUUAAAUAAAUUGAUUUAUUGAUGAAACUACUAGCUAA